GUGGCUCUUGAUUGGGAAAGUCACGGAAGCCUCUAAACGAAGUCAACACGGCGACACAUCAGUGAAUAUAACGACCGUGGUCACAAUGGGACGCUCGUUGAAAUCAACCAUAUCAACCCAGCCCUGCACAUCAACGUAAUUCGGUAUAACAAGCGAGGAGCCAAGGUAUUGAGAAUAACGAUGGCUCCAGAAUACGAAGACGCCAUGGAUGUCAACACGAAGGGGCAGAGGAGGCACCAUGGAGAAGACAUGCCAAUGGAUAGCAAAGAUGUAGCGAUAAAGACAAACAACGUGACAGAUGAAAGUUCGCGCAAGGCUCCAUCGCAUAACAUCGUAGAAAGGUGUCGUGAAUUGCUAGAAGAUGUAAAGAAUGGGACCACUGCUGAGGGCGUUGCUAAGCUUUGCGCGUGUUUCAAGGAAGUCAAGAGUUUUUUGUUAUCACAAAUAUCAAACGAUAUCAUACGGCAGCAGUUGCUCAUUUUGCUCGAAUCUAGCAUGAAAUGGCGAAUUCCAAAGGAUCCCAUGGCACGUGAAAUCGUUGACAUAUGCCUCUACAACAUCGCAACCCAACGUAAUACAGCACAAACAGAAAUAUGUGAGCGUAUAGCGGGGAAGCUUUUUCUGCUACCUGACAUGUGGCCCAGUGUGACAUCCAUCGAUGCUAUCCUUGAUCUAUACGUGUCCUUGCUAGAUGUUAACUUCACAGCUAAAGAAGACAGAUUAAGGCGCAUGCGUGCGGUUUCUUUAAUUGUUGACCUUUUGUUCAAGCAGCCGGAAAGGGCCAGAUAUUUUAAAAAGGUACUACCAAAGGCAGAACCAUUUUUUGCAAUACAACAUAUAGAAAAUGACGAGUUUCAUCACAUGGCCAUUAAAGUCAUAUGCCAGACGCUUAAGUGCUGUGCCGAUCUAACUGGCGUCACCCUGAAUGAUCUCGAAGGGUUCACUAGGAAUGUGUUCGACCAGAUAAUAGAGCUGUUGCAACGUACAGAUGCAUAUGAAUCAAGGGCUAGUCUAAUGAUGUGUAUAACACUGCUUGCUGGUAGCGGCCAUAAUAAACAUAUUUUGGCUGAAAUAGUCAUGGGAGACCUUCUUAUCCGGUUAAAUGAAAGUUGGAAACAUGAAACCAUGGUGUCUAUAUCCAUUAUAUCGGUAUUCGUUGACGGUUUGGAACAAAUAGAUGACCGGGAUCUCCUUACAGUGGCCGACAAUUGCCUCAAGUUGCAUCACAUCUACUCUGGCACUGAUGACUACCACCUCAGAGAACGGUUGAUAGCUUUGUUAGCAGUGUUGACGAAGAAAUUGGAAAAGGCAUUUGAUAAUAUACACGAAGUUGAUCAAAACACGUAUCAUAACAUAGCCACUGUGAUGUUUCACAAGGCCGCUUAUGAGAUCCAAAGUUACAAUAUGCCAAAGCAUGUGUGGCAUGACGAGGAAUUUAUAUCGUUCGCUCGCACGUCACUGCCUGCGUUGAUCACUAUACUGUCCGGAUGCAUCAAUAUAAUAACCCCGCAAAAUAACCCUACGGGUAGUAUGCAAAGCGCAUCGCCGAUAUCUUGUCAGGAUACGAGAAGGUAUGACAACAAAAGUGAUGGUUUCAGAACGCCAACUGGUGGUACUCCCAGGAUAAAACAUGAUAAGACCUAUGGCUUUAGCAGCGAAAGUGAUUACAACCGUCCAUCAUCUAGGCGUAACCUGACAUCUUUAGAAAUCAUGGAACUGUGCAAGUGCAUAUGCUGCAUAUUUGAUGCCGGCGCCACCGCUGCUACCGUUAUUGGUGGCGCCGAUGUCAGUACCAGAUAUGACAAGUUGAUGCAAGUCGAUGAGUUCAAGUCAAUCUUGAGGACAAUAAUAUCUUCUUUCACGUCCACAUUGCGCGAAACUGAACUAAAACAAUGGGUGAAGCUGAUUGUACCGAUUGUUUUCGUGAUUGGCACUAGGAACAGGUUCACGUUAGAACUUUUGGACUGUUUUUUCAGGGAGCACGCAAAGCACUUCACACCACACAUGCUGAUAUUUGUCCUACAGAUAUUAAAGAAUCAGCACGCUGCCCUCGAAUAUCUAAAGAAUGUUGUGACCUAUAGCGAAGGUCUCGUUGGCCUGUUUUCACUCAACAGGUGGUAUUCAUGCGCAAAACGGCUUUCAGGCGAUGUCCCGGAGAUGCUUAUCAACAACGCACAUGAUAUGUCAAUUGUAAUUGCCAAGUCCUAUAUGACCGUACCUAAAUCACUUCUGGCAUGUCACAACGAGCUUCAACAUCUUGUCACGGCGGUAUCAAAACUGUGCGUCACAAAAAGAGACCCGCACGUUAAGGUGGCCAUAACUAUAUUCAAACAUAUUAAUAAGCUGCGUGAAUACGCAGAAACUAUGACCGUAAUUCGUCCAUCCACUGACAUCAUCUUGGGUAAGGUUACCAAGGCUGGUGAAACUGUGCAUCGUGAUUGGCUGGAACUUAUGAUGGCGAUGGCUGCCAGAGGUCCAUUUACAGUGGAAAUGGUGCGCAAAUGCGUACAACCUGCCAUGUGCAUUCUACGGGACUUCAAGUGGGACCUUGUACCUGCUGCUCUGGAUAUGGUUUAUAUAUGGACUGAUUUCCAGUCGCCUGAGGAAGCUUACGAAUUGCUGUCAAACGUUAAUCUGUACAGGUAUUCCACAGUAGAACCGCAAUUCAUCCAAUGCCUGAGUCAGUAUCUGCAGGACCCAAGUCUCCCUGGCUUCAGACAGAAUGCCGAUGUGGUAAUGGCCAUUUUUUCCAGGAUGGGCUCACUUGCGAUGAAGUAUAUCAGGAAUCUGCCAGUUAAGAAUGAUAUAGAGCAUGCCAUUGCUGUACCAGUACAAAUGGAUGCUUGUGACGUGAACCUGGACGACUCUUCCAACCCUAGGGAAAAACGCAUAUCCAAUGGUUAUGCACGUUCUUCGUCAUCUUCUAACAAUGCAGAUUCCAAAGAUACAGAUGUAGGUGAAUCUCCGGGUCGCAGUGAUCCAACUGCGUCUGAAAUAGACAAUGUAUUCGGCCUGGGAAUACCAGUGAUUGAUGGUCUCAAUAGUGUUAUACGUCAAAUGUCGAAGCGUAAGGUAAGCUUCGUGGAAUUCGAUGCAUCAGCCGUAUUCGUGCUCAAUGCAGUCAGUCCUCUGUUGAAUUUUUCAGUAUCACUAUCUGAAUGCGCUCUUACUUUGGCAUCGCUAAAUGCCGAAAAGAAAGGUGAAGGGUCGACAAAAUACUUCACCCAGGAAACUACGUCCGAGUUUAUACAUGUACUUAUGCACGCUUUGGUCAAAGUGGCUGCUGUAGGAAUGAGCGACUUUCCUCGUUCUGAAACGUAUCGUGAUGUGAAACAAUUGAUGCAAACAAUUCAAACGUACAUUGUGAUUGUCCACAAGACUCACGCCAAUACAGAUAUGGAGGUCGCAGUUGAUCCAGUGAUCUUACUCCAGGGCAUUGCCGCGAGACUAGCGGUUACACGGCCUUCUUUGGCGUACAACUUUGGUUUUGCCUGGGAUAAUGUAGAUCCCAUGGAAGUAACAGUGGCCUCAGACUUUCUCCUGGCGGUCUUCGCCCAGGCGAUGAAUAUGCAAUGCACGGGUCUCUGUAGCGCCAUAGUGUCUAUGCUAUGUCUAGGGUGUAAUUCACAUGAAAAAACUGAAAAGGCAGGCGCCUGCAUAGCUCUUGGAAAGAUAUGUCAACAGCAUCCAGAUUUUGUCAAGCCUAACAUACACGAUAUUGCCAACUCGGUUGCUCAGAUAUGCAUACGUAUAACUGAAUACGAGGGCAUAAUGGGCGAGACGCUGAAAGCGCUGUUGGAAGUUGAUGAGCCUGGUAUCAUACAGUGGGCCGUGUCAUUGUUGGAGCACCCUCUGUGGUACUUGCGUGCAACAGGCCAGAUCUGUUUAAAAGUAGCCAAGAACAAGUCCGAAGUACAGAAACAUCUACAACGCCUGAUGUCAAAUGCCAGUAAUAUUCACAUGCCUGAUGUACAGCUUUUCCUGGCUACGCUUGGAAAUGGUGACGCUGCACUGCUUGAGCAUGCUGUGAGUAAUAUACAGCAAUACUUGCAGUCGAUUGCUGGAUGUGAUGAUUCAACAGAGUCGUUCAGGGAUCAAGCUUAUGCAUUAGUUGAUAUGUUGGGUCAACUGUUAAUUAAUGAGGAAUAUUCCAAGAUGGCACCGGAUAUGGAACACAUAUUUAACAUGGUCCUGGUCUGGUUCAUCAAGUUAGUGAUGAUUGGUGGAAGUCAGAUAGCACAAAAGGCUAAAGGUAUCUUGGACAGCUCAAAAAAUGUAUCUGUGACUGCCAAAACUCUGUCUAUGGCAUUAGAAGAGUACAUAUUCCAACUACAGACGAUUUUUGACGACCGGCUGCUGGAAAAAAUAUUAGCAGUCUUGAAACAGUAUCGUGCUGUGUUAGACGAUGCAUUAACGGAGUCCCUGCUGAAUGUUGCCAAGGCCUUGGUAGAAAAUAUGUUAAAUUCUUCCAUAAACGACGAGUAUCAAAAUGCCAACUUUCUUGAGUACCUCGUUUUCAUCGCCAAUAUUGGUGCUAGGCGAUCGUGCACAGAUCUCAUCUUCAAGCAAUGGUUCAUUCGCGUGGAUUGCAUUAGAAAAGGCGUCAUUAUACCAGGUUCCGUGGCUUAUGGAAUAUGGCAAGUAAUAUCUUCCGAAGGCGUUAUACAUAAUAUAUUUAAUACAUCGAUGAAAACUGAGUGUCUAGGAUUAUGUUACUUUAUCCACAACAAAGCUGACAUGGACCAUAUUUUGUACAACGUUAUCGGGUUUCUCGAAUCAAAUGAUGUUGUAAGUUCGCUGCUAUCAAUGUCGUUGAUCCACUGGCUUUGCGUUAAAAACCUUGAUCAGAUCACCAAUUUGAAGAAUUUCAAGAGGUUGGCUGAUCUUAUAUGCCGUCUAACUUUUGAGGAUACUGUGCUUAUUGACGCGCUACUUGCACCGCCAUUUUCCAUCAGCAAUGAAAAGAUAUUAAAGUGGAAAUUAGCAUGUAUCAGUGCCGAGGUUCUCAUAAAGGUGACACCGCCAUCUUCGACGUUGGAAAAGCUGGAAACAAGGAAUUUUUACAAAGAUGGUAAUGGUAUAAAGGUAAACAGAAUUAUUGCCAACGCAUUCCUGGAAAUUUACAGUAGUGACAAGUGUGGAUCCACGCUCAACCCUAUUCUGGGAGGUAGCGCAUUCAAUAUGCGUAACUACCAACUUAGACAUUUGGUUCCCAUGCUUAAUAAAUCAAUUUCUACAAUGGAUGAUGCCGUGCUUGAUGAUUUGGUGCGAUUUUUCUGGGAAAGUUCAAUUGAAUGUGAUGUCUUGGGCAAACUGUUGUCUGUUUCAUGUCUGUCCAAGAUCGUUGAACAUAAGAAUACACCUCCAAUAGGUGCAGCUGCAGUCCUAGAAAGAUUUGUAGAUGUGAUCACAGCUGAUGAAACUGUAGUCUUUCUCAAAAUGCACCAUACUGUUAAGCUGGAUACUGCGGAUCCGGAAAAGAAAGGGAAUUAUACACUGGUUAAACUGCUUGGUGAAUGUGCUGAUAUACUGAUGAAGGCAUUGUGCGGCGUAUAUACAGUCCCGGAAACAGUACAUAGUGCAGAUGAUGAACCAAAAGUUGAGCUUUGGAAAUGGAUUGUUUUGAACAAGAUCAAAGCUUUGGGACGUGAGCCAGGCCGUUUAAUACCACUCUUUUCUCUUUUCAUUUGGCAUCUACAAUCAUGCGGUAAUGAAUUGGAUGAUAUUCUGUUGCGUGUCCUUGCUGCUUUGCAUAGUGACGUUGCUACUCAGUGCUGCAAUAUGGCACAAAGUGGUGCGUUUGAUGCGUUUUUUGGUGCGGUAGCAAUAGUUGAACGCAAAGGUAUAGAUGUAGACUUGUCGUGGAUAAAGGAAGCCUGCAUUGACGUUAUGGCUGCCUAUGUUGACAGUGAAACCUUUGACAGCGCCAAUGUUGCAUCAUAUAUUCCCGUUGUAGCCCAGGUGUUCAGCAGAAAUCCGUCUUUUGAAUUGUUCAGUUGCAAGUUGAACCACUAUUUCACCAUUCCGAUGGAUUUUUCUAUUUGUCGUGGUUUUAAUCAUACCCAUUUGCGCAACAAUGUUUCAUACUGCAUUAGGCGCCCGGACAGAGUCGAUGCAAAGAAAACGUUUGUCGCUUCAUUCAAGGUAAUAGCGCGCGCCAAGGAGCUUAAAGCGGAUACCAUCACUCGUUGGCAAAGUGCAGUGGCAACGGUUAUGUUGCGCAUAGUAGAUCAGACCCUUGACCUUGUAACCCCUGGCUCAGAAGAUGUGCAGCAGAUUACGCAGCUGUUAGAUAUUAUGUGGCACAUGGAUGGAUUGUCGCUGUCUCGCGUAAUGCGUUCAGUGUUGUACAAAUUGUGCUGUCUUUUCAAGCCACAGCUCAUACGUGCUCCCACAAGCUCCAGUAAUGACAGUCAAAGUACAACUGUCUUGUCAGAUUCAUUGGAAGCCAAGGCGUUACCUAGAACAGCUAAAUCGACAGAGUGCCAGGCUAAAGUUGUCGAUGUACGUCUAUGUCCUCUUGCACAAAGCUAUGCUCAUCCAUUUCCUCGCUGGCUCGUGAACAAAGUGAUCACCGAAUUGCAAGGAGUUGCCAACGACGGCCAGGAUGCUACCAGGAUAUUUGAUGAAGUCCAGCCAGUGCUAGCCCCCAGGGUCCCAGUUAAGGGAUCUCCAAGAAAUCCUGCGUCUUUAACUUUGGAUGACUGGGCUAGUGAAGUCAAACGACUAUCCGCUUCUCAGUACCGCAUUGGUUUCUCUAAUGCAGUCAGAUCUGUCUUGACUUUGUUGUGUGCUGUCGACAGUUAUAUAUCGUCAUCGCAUCACCUUAGGACUACGGUGUUGUCCGAGUCUAUCCAAGCAUUGUAUCGCAUGGUUAACCGGAUUGUUUCGGUGGAUCAUCUUGGUACAACACAGAUGAUAACCUGUCCCACUCUGAUUCCUAGGGUAUUCGGUGUAAUAUCUAAAGAUGAAAGAUAUAGUGAGGACGAACGUGUGAAUAUGGAGCAGCUGCUGACCCUCGCUACCUGGUCAAUUGCCAUUUUGGGCCAAGACACCAGGAAUCAGCUUUACGAUGUUUUGUACCACAUUACACAGUCUUUGGACCAAAUAUCCGGCAGUAAGUUGCUGGAUAUAGCUACUGAGAUGAUGGAAUAUGAGGAUCGCAAUACACUGGAUGUCGACCUAUCCAGCAAAGAGUCCGGCGUCUCUGAUUCCACAGCUAUUGAAUCGCAUACGAAGGUAGAAAAUUCACUGCAACAGCAAUUAGUGGACGAAGCUAGAGCGAAAAGGUCUAAUGACAUCGUAAGCCAGGACAUUGCUACACCUGUUAAGCGCGUAAACAGAGAAGACAGCCAUAAUGCAUGUAUAAGUCAUGCUGUCCCAGAUGAUAUAGGUAUGAAGGCAAUACCGAAGGUGCAGUUUUGCAAGUUAGAACCCUGUUCUGACGUAUCGUCAGUGAUGAUUGAUUAUACCUCAUGGUCACGAAGGGAUACGAAUGUCUGCCCAAAAGAGCUAACUGAAAGCAGUGAUUCACGUGAGGUGGGAACAAUCUUUGAAGAUUUUUGUUCAAUGGAACCAAAGAAUUUGUAUACAAUAGUAGCGUACAAAACACUCUUGGACAGGGUAAAAGCGGUAUACGCGAGCUCUUGUGAUAAAUACACUUUGGACUUGGAGCUUGUGUAUGCCAUUCGUAGCGUUGCUCAUAUUAACUCUAUAUCAGACGCUUACUUCAGACUGAUGUUUAAAUGUUUGGACAGAGCUAACAAUUCUGGUUCCCAUGUACGAACCCGGAUGAUCGCAUAUAUCGCCACCUUGCCUAUGAAAGAUAGGAAACUCAGUGAUAUUUUUGAGGAGAUUGUAACACCACGUGACAUGUAUUCAAUAUUACGAUACAUAUUUUCCUCGGAAAUCAGCAAAAACAAGGACCGAGAAUUUUACAUUCCACUAUUCCUGGACAUCAUAUUCACUAGGUCGUUGGAUAGUUGGGGGUUAUCAUUUUCUCACCACUACCCAGUGUUGCCAGCUCUGGUGCCUAAAAACAAUCAUCGUGAAGUUUCUCAAAUAGAUCUCAUAUGCCAAGAUGAUAUUAAACACACUUUCAAGAACACAAUUCUCCUGUUGCGUGAUUUCAGGGCUAUGGCUAAAGAAUCGAAUAAGGUUAAUACGCCCAUGGUAGAGGAAUCCAUCAGCAUCUACGUCGCACCCGAAUUGCUGGAAUCUGCGAAUGUGAUGUUGCAAAAGUUGUAUCGAUAUUACACGGAGUACUUCGAGCGCAUAGCAGUAGCUUCGAGGUUUAAAACGUGUAUUUGUAAUAUGUGGCAUCAUGAUAGGUUGUUUGCAUCACAAAUUUGGAGCUCCAUCUUACCUCAGUUGUACAGCACUCUCACUAAAUUCCAGCAAGAGGAACUAGGCUCUGCUAUUUGCGGUUAUUUGUGUCUUGAUGGUCAUUUGUGGAAUCGUGGUCUCAUGUGUAAACCGGUUUUACAGGCCGUGAUUAAAUGCUAUCCACCGAUUAAUAUACCGCCAGAGGUGCUGAAGUAUAUUACAAUUAUCUUGGGUGCAUGGGACGAAGUGCUAUAUCACCUGGAAAAACAGCUGAUGUCCCAGCCUUUGGACAUAACAAGAAUGGCUACAGUUUUGUCUGACAUUUACGAGAGCCUUGGUAUGAACGACAUGGCUAUAGGCGCGUAUCGCACAUGGGUUAUUACACAGGAAACUCGUUUGGCUAUAUCUUUCUUACAGCAUGCUAAAUGGAAACAGGCUCAGAAGGAAUUUAAUUCUAUCAUGGAUUCCUUAGCUCUAACAGGGCAAACAGCAGAAGCAGUUUCUAGCUUUGACGAAUCUAAGCUAUGGUACAACGGAUGGGUACAUGCAAGUAAGCAGCUUGGCGAAUGGGACUUACUUAGGGAUGUUUCCUUCGUUGCUGGAGAUCGCCAUCUGUUUGUGCAAUCGAGCUGCGCUCUGCAAGAUUGGGGUGAAGUUUUGCCAGACGAUGGUCUGAAUCACGUGAGUCGAAUAUGCGCACUUGACGAUUGUGAAAGUAAGAUCGUACGCAUUUACCAGCAGCUGCAAACUGAUCUAUUACCAUUUAAAGAGCGUGGAAGUGAGAUGUCAUCUAUUUUUCUGAUCAACGCUACUGCCAAGGCUGAAAAGAUGUUAAGGACUGGCAAAGAUGCAAUAGUACAAUCGUGGACUGUGCUUCCUAAGGGACUUAGUGAAGCACAUCACACCCCUAUGCGGCUACAUCAACGAUAUGUAGAAGUUGAGGAAGGUAUGAAGUAUUUGACCAACAUUAUGCAAAAUAUUGAAACGGGGCACUUGCCACAAUCUAGCACUAUCAUACGCAAGUGGCGUCAACGCAUGCCUUCAGAGCGAGAUAUACCAUCCGUUUGGCACGACAUGCUGUCUUGGCGCACUUUUCUGUACUCCACUAUACGAACUGCAUUGACCAAUAGCCAUUAUUUAACCAAAGAUGACAAAGUUGGUGCAAUACUGAAUUUGCAAGACUUACAGUGGACGCUGACCAAGUUUGCUUCAGUAACUCGUAAACAUCAUCACAAUCCAAUAUUAGCUUCAGUGCUUUUAAACAAGGCACAGGGAUAUCACAAGUCGAUUAUAGACCACAGCAACGUUGUAACCGAAGAUUGUCUCAUGAUCAUGGUUGAGAGAAUUAAGCAAUAUUUGUCAAUACCCAUAAAUAUUCUGGACAUGCUAAAGGGGGUGGUUAAUAUUGACCUUGAGCUAGUUCCUAGUGUGGGUUGUGAACCCUUGAAAUCGCAGGUAGUCAGGUUAGUCGCAGAAGCCAUAAGCCGUAGGGCAGGCUACGAUAUCGCAAAGAGGAUACCUAUUCCAGAAAAUGAGCUUGCCACUAAUCUCAUGCUGGAAUCGCUUAAAUUGGAACCGUUGUAUGCCAAAAACUGGCAGUCGUGGGCCAAAUACAACGACAAGCGCAUUGAUCAUGCAGCUGCUCAAAUGUGCAAACCUGGUGAUAACGCAUUCCAGGCUGAAUUGUAUGAAUCUGCUAUCAUCGGUUACCUCACAGCUGUUUCCAUACGGCCACAUGACCAUUGGUUGCUCAUAGGCAGAGUGUUGACCCUGAUUAAUGAAAUGAAACAAGCGGGUCAAACCACUUGUGUAGAGACGAUCAAGAAGUAUAGCGAGCGUGUACCUGCUAGCGUAUGGCUUUUAUGGCAGACUCAGUUGAUAUCGUCACUCUGCAAACACGGAGAAGGUGAAAUGCAACACAUUCUUCAGUUGCUCAUGUCUAAGUUGCCUCAGCAGGUGUUCUACGCACUGAGAUCUGAGUACUUUGUUCAAAACUCAAUUGGUGAUGUUGAGGGCGCACCUGAAGCAACGCAACCAUCGACUAUCAGACGCAUAUUGAGUAGACUAAUAGCUUCUAACCCUAAUGUGGGCACCAUGUUGGAGUCAUUUGCAACUACUGUGGCACAUUUGGGCAGACCUGAUUUUGUCGAUGAAGUUCUGUUGGCCACUGAGACAGUGUUUGAAGAGUGCCUAGACCUACCAUUCAACGAAAACAUACCUGCUCAAAUGUUCAAUUGUCUUGCUAUAAAGAUGCCUCAUCGUCCUGGAGGUAGCGAUUAUGGCAUUUCGGAGUCUGCAUUUGUAGCGAUGAUGAAAGAAUUCGAAAGGGACUUUGUAAACGGUGCAUCGGGUAUGAACUGCGGUGAGACUAUGAACCUGUUAAUGAAGUGGAUGGUCAAAUUGAGCGAAAUUUCGAAGAUGUCCCACACUGACCUGUUGAAACAGCGCAUGGACAACAUGAAGGUUAAUCAAUUUUGCAAGAAUUUGCAAAUGAUGAAUAUGGAACUACAGCUACCAACGUUGCAACCGACACGUAGCCUUAUUAAGCCCAAGCAGAGGCAUUGCCUUGGAGAAUCCCGCAAUGUAGUCUCACUUAUGCAUUACGUAAGCAAGCGUAAGCGCGGUCGCCAGACAGUGAAGUCAAUAUCACUUCUUGCUCAAAAUGGCCAGGUUUAUCUAUACACAGUCCAACCUCUGAGCUUAAUAAGGCAAAAAUCUGAGCAGCAUUUAACGCAGAUGUUGAAAUUGUUAAACCACUAUGCGCUGAAGUAUAACGAUACCGUGAAACGUAAUGUGACUCUAUCGUCCGUAAAUCUGGUAUCUUUGGAUCCAUACCUGUGCCUUUACGAGGAGGAUGUACACAACGAAAUAAUGUCACAGGUGAUGUCUCAAGCGGUGUCUUAUGAAAAUCUGGUUAAAGAACGUCCUAAUCGCAAUGGAUUCGCCUGCAUGCACCCUUCCAUGUAUCAGCAAACUAACACUUUGUUGCUAGUACUUCAUAAGAUGUUAAUGGAGACUGGUGUAACACAUCAGCUGGUGCAAAGGUGGCAAAAAUUCAACCCUGAGUGCACUGAUAAUCCAGGAUUUAUACGAGUGUACCAGCUUUUCAAAGAUAAGCAGUAUCCGUGGUUUGGAACUUGGUACAAAAAAAUACAUCAAGAUGUCUUAAUGGAAGCAUAUAGUGAGAUUUGUUCGUUGAUCCCAGAUGACAUAUUGUUUAACUAUGCACUUAAGAGAUUUGACGGCUACCAGGAUUUCAUGACCAUGCGCCGCAUGUUCACGAGUAGCUACUCAAUCCAGGCACUGCUUGGACUUAUGUUCCUUACUCCAUAUGCUACACCAUCUAAACUAAGCUUCAACUUCCAUAACGGCCAAGUCAACCAACUUGACUUCAAACCUAACUAUUCACGUGAGAUAUUUGUGGAAUACUCAAAGCUCAGGGUCUUCAGGUUCACGCGUAACAUCAAAACCAUGAUAGGCCCUGUAUGCCGCAUGGGAAUCAUGCCGGCAGUAAUAUAUGCUCUAUGCGCUGCUAUACACACUCAUAAGGUCGAUAUAUUGAGUGCUCUGAGUGUUAUAUUGGCUGAUGACCAAGGAUUAAUGCAGUCAGCUACCAGCUCACCUCACUACAAGCCGGAACAGGCCCAAGCCAACAGCCAAUGCUCAAGCAACGGAUCAGUACCGUCAACCCCUGGUAUGCCUCCCAAUCGCGAUGUCAACAUACUGGAGGAGUACCUUGGCCGUGUGCUAAACUACUGCUCUUACCUCAGAUCGCCUACUGACCAGGAACAGUACACGAUGCCAAUAAACAACAUUAUCACGUGCAUAAUAGAUGCAUCCGCGGACUCGGGCACCCUUGGGAAGCUGAAAACGAGUUACCAACCGUGGUUCUAACACUUUAUUAUAACAAUUUUCACUACAUUACAUAAUUGAUAUGGGUUUAUCUGAUGUAAA